AUGACCAAAGCUGAUUUGGUGAACAACCUUGGAACAAUUGCAAGGUCUGGUACCAAGGAAUUCAUGGAGGCGUUGGCUGCUGGAGCUGAUGUUAGCAUGAUUGGGCAGUUUGGUGUUGGUUUCUACUCGGCUUACCUUGUUGCUGAUAAGGGGAACGAAGAUGACCUUUACCUCAAGGAAGACCAGUUGGAGUACCUUGAGGAGAGGAGGCUUAAGGAUUUGGUCAAGAAGCACUCUGAGUUCAUCAGCUACCCGAUCUCUCUCUGGAUUGAGAAGACCAUUGAGAAGGAGAUUUCUGACGAUGAAGACGAGGAAGAGAAGAAGGAUGAGGAAGGCAAGGUCGAGGAGGUAGAUGAGGAGAAGGAGAAGGAGAAGAAGAAGAAGAAGAAGAUCAAGGAGGUUUCUCACGAGUGGGAUUUGGUGAACAAGCAGAAGCCUAUCUGGAUGAGGAAAGCCAGAGGAGAUCAACAAGGAGGAAUACGCCGCUUCUACAAGAGUCUCAGCAAUGACUGGGAAGAGCAUUUGGCUGUGAAGCACUUCUCCGUUGAGGGACAGCUCGAGUUCAAGGCUAUCCUCUUUCGUUCCCAAGAGAGCUCCUUUCGAUCUCUUUGA